AUGGCUACUGCACUGGCAACACAAGACGAAGAACAAGAGCACCAACCAAAUCUAGAAACAAAUGCUAUUCUUUGGCUUGAUCCGACGAUCGCGUACGCUCCAGAAUUUCCACAAAUCCAACGACAACUUCGAGCGGACAUCAAUUAUCUGCGAGUUUUCAAACACACCAAUGAAUGUUUGGAAUACCUUUCAUCUGUACCGAAACAAGACCAAAUCAUUCUGAUUGUCAGUGGACGAUUAGGCCAAGAAAUUGUUCCACAAGUUCAUAAUGUUCAACAAAUUUCAUCUAUUUAUGUUUAUUGUAUGGACAAGAAAAAGAACGAAAGCUGGGCUUCGAAAUAUCCUAAGAUAAGACGACUUGUUGUCAGCUUGGUUGAGCUUGGAAAUAUCAUUCAUGAAGAACAGUUAACACGGCAACAGAAUAGAUUAAUUGAAUCAUUAAAAAUCAUUACCAUACCGGCACUUGUUCUUGAUCGAGAACAGUCAUUAGCUGAUCUCUAUAGUGGCUUCAUUUAUUCUCAUUUGUUGAUCGAUUGCCUUCGCCAAACAAAUUCUGCUAUGACUGAUAAAACCGAUCUGCUCUCCCUAUGUCAACGGUAUUAUGCAGGAAAUGAAGAGGAACUAAAAAUUCUGGAAGAAUUCAAUGAAAACUAUAGACCCUCACGCGCAAUAUGGUGGUACACAAGGCAAUCGUUUCUCUAUCGUCUAUUGAACAAAGCGUUGCGAGAUCAAAAUCUGGAGUUGUUAUUACUCUUUCGAUUUUAUUUUCAUGACAUCGAACGACAAUUAAUGAAAACAAAAUGCUCAGCACCCAUUCGCGUCUUUUCCGGUCAAUUGAUUUCGGUAAAAAAAUUAGAAAUUUUAAAAAGAACUAUUGGAGGUUUCAUUUCGACAAGUUCAUUUCUUUGGGCAAGUUCAAAGCAACAAGUUCAGUCAUAUCUAUCUCAACUAGACUAUUCGGAGGAGUUUCAACGAGUACUAUUCGAAAUCGAAGCUGAUCCUCAUUUAGAAAAUAUCAAACCAUUCAGUAACCUAGCUACUCAAAGUUAUUUACCUAAUGAGGAGCGAACUCUUUUCAUGCCCGGUACAAUUUUUCGUUACAUCAGUAUCCAAAUCGAUGAGGAACAAAACUGGAAUAUUCGACUAGUCCUCUGUUCUGAAAGUAAUCAACAAUUACGUAGAAUGUUCAAUCAAGGAGAUAAUCCACAUCCACUAACUACUUUUGGACACUUUUGCUGUCAAUCAAGAAGAUUUGCGGACGCAGAGAGAUAUUACCUCCAUAUGUUGAAAGGUCUACCUGAUGAUCAUCAAGAUACUGUUCUCUUUUACAAUGCACUUGGAACUUUAUGUAAAGACAAAGGUGAUUAUGAUUCUAGUCUUCAAUGGUUCAAUAGAGCCCUAGCGAUUCAAGUGGAGCUCCUUGGAACAGAUCACCCAGACAUCGCUGAUAGUUACCUCAGUCUGGCGGAAAAUUAUCGAGAGAAAAAUGACCCAAAGCGAGCCUUCGAUUUCAUUAAGAAAUCGAUAGACAUUUUUCAAAAGAAUUUUGGUGAAGAACAUCCAAAGAUUGCUGCAUGCUUCAAUCAGAUCGGAAAUGUGCAUCGAAAGGGAGAGAAUUUCCCUGAAGCUUUGAACGCGUAUGAAACAGCGCAUGCAAUCUAUCAGAAACAUGUCCCCCCAAUGGAUCCUCAAUUGGCUGAGUCGUACAAAAAUCUUGCUACAGUUCAUAAAGCUCUCAACAAUAUUGAUCAAGCCUUGGAUUACUAUCACAUGUCACUUGAGAUCUAUACGAAAACGGUAACUUCUUCACGAUUUGCCAUGGGAAUGAUAUUGAGAAGUAUUGCAGAUACAUAUGAGAUUAAAGGACAGUACGAACAGGCACAGUUGCAUUAUCAAAGAGCCGGAUGGAGCUUUCAAACUGUAUUACCACCGACAGACGGUCAUCUCGUCCAAAUUCGUAAAGAUAUUCAACGUGUGAACGAUUUGUUACGAUAA